GGCGCGAGCGCUCAGAGCCGCCCUGGUCCCCGCAGCCCGAGCCGUGCGUCCUCGGAGACAACACAGAGGCUCCACGCUUCAGUGAGACUGGAGGGAGGAGGGAUGCGCUGAGCGGCGACAUGACUUUGAUCUGCUGAGCCGAGCUGCGAACAGGAGCGCGAGAGGUUUUAUUGAACUGGGAGAGGUUCUGACUGGACUUUGAGUAAGGUCUAAUGGGCGAACGCGAAGCUGGACAUAAGUUUAUAUUAAGGGGGCUGGCACACGAAAAGGCGUCUUUUCUAUGAUUAAGGCCGAGGGGAGUCAGAAUAAAGUUCAGCGCGUCUCAUUGGUUUUAUUUCCAGUCUAACUGUCCCCGACGUUGGCCGCUCAAUCCGCACGUUUCAUCCACGGAGCGACCCCAAUGCACAGAAGAAGAUGCAUGUGGGAAAGGCUUUGCUGUUCGUCCUCCUCCUCAACUGCGCCACUCUGAGCUCGUGCCUGUCAACCUGCGCCACCGUGGAUAUUGACCACGUGAAGAGGAAGCGGGUCGAGGCGAUACGAGGUCAGAUCCUGAGCAAACUCCGGCUCACGAGCCCCCCUCAGUCACUCGGACCGAGCAAAAUCCCUUAUCAGAUCCAAGCAUUGUACAACAGCACUAAAGAACUACUGGAGGAGCUUCGGAGGGAUCGGCAGCAAAGCUGCGGCCAGGACAACACAGAAACUGAAUACUACGCCAAAGAAAUCCACAGGUUCAACAUGGUUUACGCAUCGCACGAAAACAACGAUCUGCCCUACUGUACAAAAGGUUCUACAUCGAAGGUUUUCCGCUUCAAUGUCUCUGCCAUGGAAAGGAACUCAACCAACCUCUUCAGAGCGGAGUUUCGAGCUCUGCGGGUGCCAAACCCCACUGCCAAGAGGAAUGAACAGCGGAUUGAGCUCUACCAGAUUGUACGGCCAAACGAUCACAUUAGGAAGCAACGCUACAUCGGAGCCAAGAAUGUGCUGACAAGGGGUACUCAGGAAUGGGUCUCCUUUGAUGUGACGGAAACUGUGCGGGAGUGGCUGAUGAACAGAGGAAGUAAUCUUGGUUUGGAAAUCAGCGUGCACUGUCCCUGCCACACGUUCAGUCCAAAUGGUGAAAUCAUUGACAACGAGAACGAGGUGUUGGAAGUCAAGUUUAAAGGUGCAGACGGAUACGAUGAGCAGAGUCACUUGGACUUGGACAACUUGAAGAAGAAAAAGGAACAACCCCUCCCACACCUCAUCCUCAUGAUGAUCCCACCCCACCGCCUGGACACCCAGACCACACGCCGACGCAAGAGAGGACUGGACACAAACUACUGUUUCUCAAACACGGAGGAGAGCUGCUGUGUUCGCAAGCUUCACAUUGACUUCCGACGUGACCUGGACUGGAAGUGGAUCCAUGAGCCCAGUGGUUAUGAUGCCAAUUAUUGCUCGGGGCCUUGUCCCUAUCUGAGGAGCUCAGAUACGACACACAGCUCGCUGCUGAGCCUGUACAACACUCUGAAUCCAGAGGCAUCGGCCGCGCCCUGCUGCGUCCCUCAAGAUCUGGAGCCCCUCACUAUACUCUACUAUUCUGGACGGACCCCUAAAGUGGAGCAGCUUUCCAACAUGAUCGUCAAGUCUUGCAAGUGUAGCUGAGAGGACAAGAAACGAGAGGUAGCGUGGCAGGAUGUUACUAGGUACUGACCAACCCCAUACUCUUGACUUGUGGACUCUUAGCUGUGACAAAUACUUAAAGUGACCCUGUGGCCUCGUGGGUUAGACCUGAACACCACUCUGGUGAUCAAACGUCGUUCAUGGAUGCAGAAGUUCUUAAAAACCUGAGGUCACAAUUUGUUCAUCUUGAUUAUUUUAAUCGAAAAACCUCCAAAACAAAUCUGAAUUAUUAGAGGUACGAUAUAGAAGAUUUCCACCUGAGGCUGGAUCAGAGAGUACUGUACAAUCGUAGGUGCAAUACACAGAUUGAACUAUAAAUGAAAGAGGAUCGACCUAGUCAGUAGAGCAGAUCUCUGUUUCUAGCCUUGCGAUGAUAUUGUUAAUAGCCACAAAUAUAGACGGUGCUCUGAUGGAUGUCCUUUCCGGCUGUAUUUUUCCUUGAACUUGCCUUAAAUUCUCCUCCCUUCAAACAGUGGGCAUUAUCUUCAGACACAAAAGGAGAAAGGACAGACGUGCUGCUGUAUCCAAAGCCAUAGCUGUGGUCAGGGGAAAGGAGAGCUGAGAGAGAAUGCUGUUGGAUUUGCAAUGGAAAGUAAAUGAACAAAGAAGUUGAGCCAAACUUUUUUUUUUGGGCCAGCCAGCAGCAAUGGCCUUUUUUUGCUGUGUAUUAGAUGGGACGGAGGAAUAAAAAGAAGAGGGGAUGUGCAUGGAAGGGAAGAACUGUGAUGGAAACUAGCCACGAGAACACUGCCAUUCACUGGAGGCUUUCAUCCCGAGCAGGUUCAAAUUAUUUCUGGGACAUCAAAGAAUAUGCUGGAAGAGAACAAGUGUUACGCAACAGGUUUUUACGAGAUUUCUUUUACAUUAGUAGCACAUUUGGUCUGUUACGCAACUUGUCAUAUAGUGAAUGUUUCACUAACUGGGAACAAAACUGACACGUAUCUUUAACGAUGGAACCACUUUUCUAGUAAAUUAGUAAAUUCCUAGUAGUACUGUUAUAGUUUGUUGUAGUUUAGGAAGAAUGUCAAACUAGUUUGAUCUACUGAAUGUGAUGCAGUAAGUUUGGAUGCUAUAUACUUGCUUUUACCAACAUUUGUUCGCACUCAAAAGCUGUACUGUCCAUAUUCUUCGUUAUGUAAUUCAAGGCUAUCGGGAUAAUUAAAACAUCAAGUCCUAUAGGGGGCCUAACAAUUCCCAGAUGAAAACAAAAUAUCUUCCUUGUGAACUUCUGCUUUUGAACAACAUAAAGAGAAACAAUGGCAGCAAUUGACAGCUACAAUAAUAUUAAUAUUGAAAUUACAGCAAUGCAAAUGGCAGUAAGCAUUGUACACAUGCUGUGUUAGCUGUUGUUUUGUGAUGCUGCCUGUAUUCCGAGCCCCCUGUUGGUUGUGGGUUGAAUUACAUGUCACCGCUGUAGAAACCACACAAAGGAAAACAAGGUAAACAAGGAAGCUCUGGUGGCGAUGCACACGCAAGCAUGCAGUUAAAGGCAAGUAUGUCUGACGGGUUAAAAGAAAGUGCAAUCUGAGCGUUUUCUCCAGCAAAUGCAAUGUAAUUUAAAAUGCAGCUGUUUUUCUUUUUUAAACCACACUAUCUUACGAUCCCUCCCUUCGCCCUUCACUCUAUCCAGCUGACACGGAGCCGCAUGUGCAGUCAGGACUCCCCAAACACUGCAGCCUUUUAAAUCCUCUGUUUGUUUUGGUGCUACCUUACAGUGUGUAGCCUAAUGGAACGAAAAAGUCUAAACAUGACAGCAGCUGGACGGAUACAGAAAUACAUCAUUCCUCUCAGAGUCGGGAAACGAUUCUGAAUUCCUGUUACUGUUUGACAGUCAACCAGUUGAGUCAUCUGGGCUCCAAGCGACAUUUAGGUGAGGUUUCUUGGGAGCAAUACUGUUUUUUUGUCUUGAUGAUUAUGAUUGUUAUUAAAAUCACAACAUGCAAACCCUUCAUGAGCGUCUCUUAAACCAAUCAAAUGUAACAGAUCUGUUAAAGUAUUUAACUCUCCAAAUUAGGGAGCGAUGGAUUUACCCACUGGUCCUGGCUGCCACAUUGAAAGGCCGUUUAAAAUGCUAUUUUCCCAUAAUGUUGUGGUUCCAUACGAACACAAUUUUUCUUACUUGAAUCUCACGGGUCCCACCUGUUUCCUGCAGCCAUUUUUCCUCUACCCGAGUAAUAAAUGUACCUUCUCUUUCUCAA